GGGCACCGUAUCCUCGGCGCAGCCUGCAGGGAUGGAGGCGGCAGGCGGCGGCGGAGGGCCGGGCUGCGGCUGCAAGGGGAUCCGCUCCUGCCUGCUUUGCGAGGGGCCCGCGCAGGCCGCUCCGCCCCCGCAGGGAGAAGAUAAUUUCACUUACUGUCCAGCAACAGGCCUAGCUAAAGGAAAUGAGUGCUCAGAAUUUGCUGGCUGGGCAUUUCCAUUUCCAGGGGUGUUUCUGAUGGAGGAGUUCAUUAGCGAAAAUGAAGAAUCUGAGAUAGUUGGACUGAUGGAUCAAGAUGACUGGAAACCAUCACAGUCUGGACGAAAGAAACAGGACUAUGGACCCAAAGUGAACUUCAAGAAACAGAGGCUGAAAGCUGGCAGCUUUACCGGUUUGCCAAGUUUUAGUGAAAAGAUUGUGGCACAAAUGAAAGCCUGCUCUGUACUAGGUGGUUUCUUACCUGUUGAGCAAUGUAAUCUGGACUACAUGCCAGAAAGAGGUUCUGCCAUCGACCCACAUUUUGAUGACUGGUGGCUUUGGGGAGAGCGUCUGGUUAGCUUAAACUUGCUCUCAAAAACCGUGCUAUCCAUGUCUUGUGAUUCAGAGGACGAUAUCCAAUUAUUUCCCACUUUUAGUAAAGAAAAUGGGGAAUUAAGUCCCUCUGGAUCUUUUACACGGACAUCAGCAUGCAAAAAUUCAGACGAAGAGGGAAUCGAUUGCAUUUUAUCCCCAAGGCUUGUUCCAAGUAAAGAGGUGACUGUUGCCAUUCACUUACCCCAAAGGUCUCUGGUGGUGCUGUACGGUGACGCACGGUACAAGUGGAAACACGCAAUUCACCGCAAGCAUAUAGAGCAUCGCCGAAUCUGUGUCACAUUCAGGGAGCUGUCUGCGGAGUUCAGCACUGGAGGAAGGCAUGAGGAACUGGGUAAAGAACUGCUAGAAAUAGCUCUUUCAUUUCAAGGAAGACCAGUGUGAUCAGCAAGAGGAAGCCAGAACUGCAUUUUGUUAGGAAAUUUGAAAAAUAAGGUACAAGAUUUGUAGAACUCUGUUUAUUUCUGAAGUGUGUGUGAGAAACCAGGUGUGUAUAGAGAUAAGCUCAAUCAAAUGCAGAUUUGACAAACAGAAAUAAGAGAGUGCAAGGAAGGGGUGGGCUGCUGGUUUCUCCAAAGACUCACCUGGGCAAUGGGAGCUUUUAGGUGAAAGUCAGAAAUGAGCCGUUGUAUUCAUUAGCCGUAUUGUAACAAAAUGCAAAAAGCAAAUAGCUCAUUCUUAAACACUUAACAUUAAACCAAGAAAGAAACUUGGAAUCAUUAAACCGAGUAUCAAAAAGCCCUUGGCACAGAUUCAGCCCAAGCCCUGCAGGAGAUUUUUUAUGGGCCUUUCCUGGCCCAUACUGGAUUCUGCCGAACUGCUUUUAGUGUUGCACUGUGCUGUAGGGACACAACUGGCUUCUCACCUGCUUCAGAUAGGUCCUUUAGAGAUCAGCUCUCCAGGGGAGGAGGGUAAGCAAGCAUCUCUCCACAGAUAGUACAACACACUGAGAACUAAUUAAAGUAAUUAUCUUUUGCUGAAGAUUCGUGCUCUAACAGUGAGGAUUAAUCAUAAAUACCAUUGGUCCCAUAAGAUACAGGUUACACAAAAGCAGCAUUUGCAGAGGGCCGAUGCCGACUGUUCUGCAGAGACAGCCUGGACAGAGUUCAGACCAAAGACUUGCACAGACUGUAUUAUUUUCUGAUCGUUUGUCAUCUCUGAAUCCCGCUGUCAGUUCUCAGUAGCAAGAGUCUGAUUUUGGGAAUAAGCUGGGCAACAGACUGCAACAUUGGCGGCUAUAAUUUUUUUUCUUGGCACCUCCAGCAGUCAGGUUUGAAUCAUGCUUCGUACCUAAGAUUCAAGUAGUCGUUUGCAGCAGAAGCUGAUCUGAGGCCAUCUGUCUGCUCUGAACAAAACUUCUGUGCUCUUGAAAAUGAAGUUGUGCCGUGGAAGAAGUGUGAUCCUUUAAUAAACACAGCUGUGUCAUCAAAACCAUUCAGCACAGUCAUACCUACAGCAGUAAACCGACACUUUACAGUGCUGCCUGGGUUUAGUUGGUAAGGAAAGGGGACAUAUUUGUACAUGGGAUCUCAGCGUCCCUGCACGGCUGUGUUCUGCCCUUGAAGUACUUCCUUGGCACAGUGCACAGGUUUUACUGGAUAGUAAUGCACUUGUGCUGCCGACGCUGCCCUCCACUUCAGGCACUGAAGCUUUCCAGCCAACAAAACGAUUACUAAAAAUCAGUUGGGUGAAUCGGGGUAUUUUUUUAUCAGUUUAAGCUAGCAGAUAAAACUACAGUCCUUUGCAGCUGCAAUGAAUUUGAAAUGAGUUUCAGUUUAGCCCAGUAUUUAAACACUUGUGGACACUGGCUAAGCGAUAGUUCCAACAGAGAUUCAGAGCAGGGCUCUCACGGGCAGUCCUAAACCCCAAACCUCCACUCAGACCAGCUGGCAGGCAUCACCUAUGUGCUCCAGCAGCAGUUUCAGCAGUCACGGCGUAGCCCGACAGAAACCCACCACUCCAAACGCAGCCAGCCAACAUGCAACAGGUGUGCCAUGCUUGCCUACAGUGAAAUUUUACCCCAGGAAAUUUCUCGCAGGCUGCAACUUCUCCAGCUCACUCCCUAAAGCAGGGACUUGUGCUCUCCAAACAGUGGUUCCUAACCUUUUUCCAGCAGGCUGGUGUGAUCAGCAUCCUGCCGCUGGCAUCCACAGGGCUCAGCAGCUGUAGAGAGCACUAUGUCCCCAGGCCAGCACCUGGAGCUGCUGUUGGAGCAGAGGAAGCAAAGGACCUUUGGCCAAGCAGGAGGACAUGGCUGGCAGCCUGCUGGAGCUCAGCACAAAGCCACGCUACAGGAGGAAACCCAGGGCAGACACUCAUAGAUAAAGCAAGCGUUGAGCCCAUAUCCUCACCCUUUCAGUACCAAGCCUCUGCAGCAAUCAAGUAUUGCCAUUAAUGUUUGGCCCUCAUUACCAAUGCUGCCUUUUAGAUUUAUAUUGUGCUCUCAGCCUGUUAAAUACUCUCUGUGUGCAUACCUGCUGUUCCAUUCUCUCCACAGUGAAAGCAGAUCGGCUUCUGAUGAAUCAGAGUGCUACAAUAACAAGAUACAUUAAUAUUCGACCAUUUUGUGCUCUGCAUUUGUUGGUUGGAUUUUUCUGCCUCGAUUGAGCUAUACAGGAAGCUGCCAUUCUUGCCAGAAAAUUCCAGCUCUUCCUAGCUGAUACCUUAAAUUUGAAAAAAUGCAAAUAAUUAAACACCGAGCCAAAAACUGAGGGCUUUUGUCUAGAUGUUUUUGAAGUCCAAAACUUACCUAAUCACUACACAUUCAUUGCCAUUACUAUCUUUUGACAUUUUUCACCUGUUGAACAGCCUCCUGGACAUCAUCUCAGAUCAAAAUGCAAUUACACACCCAUUGGUUCUGUGUUACUUUGGAAAACUUUAGGUACAUUCUCUCCUAAAAAGCCAGAAUUGUCGUGCUGCAGUACAUUAACAAUUGGUUUAGACUGUCGAGUAUCAUAGAAAUCUGAGAAAAGAGGUUUUAAUCUUAAUUAAUUGGCUCUUAAAAGUAGUUUUGGCUGCUGUACUAGUAUUAUUAACAUAAAAAACUUUAAUGGUCUUCAUGAUGAUCACAUGUAGUGGCAGGACAAGUGGCUUUAAGCUGAAAGAGGGGAGAUUUAGAUUAGAUAUCAGCAGGAAAUUCUUCACUGUGUGGUGGUGAGGCACUGGCCCAGGCUGCCCAGAGCAGCUGUGGGUGCCCCAUCCCUGGCAGUGCCCAAGGCCAGGCUGGACGGGGCUGGGAGCAGCCUGGGCUGGUGGAAGGGGUCCCUGCCCAUGGCAGGGGGUGGCACUAGGUGGUCUUUAAGGUCCCUUCCAACCCAAACCACUUGGGUUCUAUGUUACAGGAAUUCCUAAUCACAGCUGUUUAUCUCCUUAACCACGGUUAGCACUUGUAAAACACAUAAAAAGACCCAGUCCCUCAUUAAAAUAAAGUGCAUCUAAUGAUUGUCUACUUUUGUAUUUUAAAAGGAGAAGGAUAGUAUCUGACCAAGGUUAUUUUAAAAAAAAAAAAAAAAAAAAAGGCAACCCCCAAGUUAACCCAUAGAGGAUGCUGGAGGACUUGAGCUGCCUUUCAAAAAAUCAGUCUGAAAUCAGCAAGAAGCGUGAAACUUAGCAAGUUUAUCUGGUUUCUCUCACACACCUGGACAAUAACUGAUACAUAUGUUGUUCUACAUUAAAUAUGGUUCAUGCAGAGAUAAAGAACAGGCAAAGCUAAAAUACA